AAUACAGGACCACCCAGAUUUACAAGCACGUCCAAUCGGAGAGAUUUGCCGGGCAAAUUGCACCGACACCCGGGAACGGGACACCAAGAUCAACUAUUUUACAUAUGAUCCGACUCAUGAGGAAUGCCGUUGCACAGGAAAUUGCUUGAUCGAUCGAGAGGAGAGUGCCAAGGGCGAAGUUGCUGGAUUGGUCUCGGACCAAGACCCCAGUGAGCUCUGCGUCACCGAAGCAGAUGUGGAAGAGGAGGCAGAUGCCUUUAUAUCAGUCUUGGAAAGUGGAUUAGUACAAAUCCAUCCGUUGUCUGAAGACAGUUAUUGCAACAAUAAUGCAAACAGGGAGGCUGCUAAGUUUACCGUGAGUAAAUACGAAGAGAAAAACCGGAGAGCCAUGUUCUUCAAUAAUGAUCAGGUCGUUUCUUGCGGAGCUUCGAGAGGUUGCGACUCAUACAACAUUGUACCCGAAAUACCAGGGAUCUCGUCAUUUGGAUUCGGGGCCUCCCUUGUCAACAUUUCGUCAGUGAAAGUUUUUAAUGGGAACACGUGGCUCUUGGGUGGAAUAGACAAGCAUACGAAUAAACCCUCGACGGACACCUAUAUGUAUUUAUCUAACACCCAACUGUUAAAAACAGAAAUUGAAAUGCCUCAACCAAUGACCAUGUCCUGCAGCGCUGAAAUCAGCGAUUCACACUACUUCCUCGUUAAUGGCCUCAGUGGAGAUUGUUUCAUAUAUGACGUUGCGGAGCGAAGGUGGAUUUCAAUACCGGGCUUGCUUAGUCCCAAGUCAGAGGAGGUGCUUUGUGCCGUGGCCUAUAACAAUGGAGAUCCACUCGUGAUUGUUGAUGGUUGGAUGGGAGAUGAGGGGAAGGACGAGCCCUCGCAAAUCUUCCACGUGGCAAGCCAAACAUGGUCCUUUGCUCCGGGCGAAACAAACUACGUCAUCCCAUACCACUCGGCCCUAUUGCCCUUGGGAAACAGUGUCAUUUCCGUUGGUGGCUUCGUCAUUGAUGAAACGGGACAACGCGUCAUGAAUUCAUGGGUCAGAAUGUACGAUCUUGAAACUGGAAAUUGGGUCAAGAGAGGUCCACAGCUUGAAGACCCCAAUGGCGGGGCAGUGCAUUUACUGGUUUCCAAAUCUUUAGAGAUGUGCAAGCCUAAAACGUAAAAGAAGUCCAAAUUCUAUGCAUUUGCUCUUUCGAUGACAAGUGAGAUAUGGUGUGAGCCAAAUAAGAUGCCCAUGGGUAAUUUAUUGAAUAAAUAAAAGCUUCAUUCUCAUCACAA